AUGAGCCCAACUAUAACGAAUGUUGUGGACCUCGGCACGGGCCAACCUAUCACUCUACCAGCACAGGAAGCACGAGUGGUGGAAGAGGUUCUCAGCUACGGUGAGUUAUCGGACUUCAUAGAGGGUUCGGCUGAGAGACGACUUGUGGUUAAAGUGAUGGAUCCAGCAGCAACAGCUGAGGAGGCUCUAGAGGCUGUACAUCUAGCUAGCAUUGAAGACGGCAUCGACUGUCGUGGUGCUAUUAAUGCGGUGAACGGCAUGACUUUGUUGUUUUACGCUGCUCGAAGGGUCGAUGAUGAGAGUAGUCGAGAUGUAUGUCGGGGCCUCAUCAAUGAGUAUAGGCUCGAUCCGCACGUGGUCGAUCGGGCUAUGAGGCAAACUGCACUCUUUUAUGCCGCAUUGCUCGGUCAUGUACUCACCAUUGACCUCUUCCUCUCCCUCGGUGUUAGAGCUGCUCUCACUGACGUCCACAGUCAAACAGCCUUGUACUACUGUAGCCGAGAAGGGCAUGUCGAGGCCAUGAGAAGGCUACUGGACGGGUCCCCGACUGGUGAGGUUAACCAUCGUGAUUGUAACGGGCAGACGGCUCUUUACUAUGCUGCACAAACAGACCAGCUGGAGGCCUGUAUUUGCUUGGUAGAGGAGUACGGUUGCGAUCCAUGUGCAGUGGAUACGUUUGGGGUCACGGCACGAGCAUCUUCAGCAGCAGCUGAUAGUGAAGUUUAUCAUUAUUUGAAGAGGGCUGAGAACGGCUUGUUGACCUCUUCUGCAGGGGAGAUGCAUAGUUGUCGGAAGAGGAAAAUUUUGGGCGGCGACUUUGAUUACCUCAAAUUGGCGCCGCAUAACCCUCCGACAUCCUACGUUCGCCGUGUGUAUAGGCUUGUGCGGGCUAAGGGGAACAGUCACCCGUCCUCUCCAGCACUGCGGUACUUGCCGAUGCAACCUGCUACUGCUGCUGCUGGGUUUGUGAUGAAGUCUGAGGAAGAAGAAAAUUGUACCGCUAUGGAUUGGCCGCGUGAAAAGGCUACUGGACAUUUCCGCAUGCUGUAUCCCAUAAUAAGUGCAAUGGGUUCACCGUUCUGGCAGCCUUGGAGGGGUCCAUAUCGCCAACUUGCUGGUUUGUUGAAGCGGUAUGUGAACGGUUGGAUCUUCCAUAAGAUUCCGGACGAGUCUAUUGCUCCUGGGUAUGCAGCAGUGGUGGCGGACCCGAUCGAUUUGACGAUGAUUUGUAGUAAAUUGGAUCAUAAACAGUAUGCUAUGGCUGAGCAAGUGGAUGCUGAUUUCCGCAGGAUGUUCUCGAAUAGCUACCUCUACAAUGGUCGAGCCAGCGUAGUAGGGUUAUUGACCCGAUCGUGUGAGGUCUACUAUGAGCAACAGUACCAAGGCAUGGGGCUACCGGCCGCGAUAAGAGCUGAGGAGGAAAGGAUUGUUCGAGUGUAUCGUCAUUCGAUGAAUCGGUGUCAAGGCAUGCUCGGUGGAGUAGAAGGAGUAGUGGGGGGCAUGAUGACUGAUGAUAGAGUAGAUGAGGAGGAGGAGCAGGAGGAGUUGGGCCCUCCGGCACGAUGUGAAGGAUAG